CGCAUCAGCACGCCUAAUGAACCUAAAUCCAAAUCAAAAUCGCAUAAACAAACCUCAAUCAAAAUCCUCGCGUUUCCUUCACCUCUCAUCCUCUCCUCCUCUCUCUCUCUCUCUCUUCUUCGUCAUCAUCAUCAUCACCAUCCUUCGCUCUGGACCAGUCGUCCUCCCUCCCCUCUUCUCCGUGCGCGGCGCAUCGUCGGAAGAACCGGCGAGCGCGCGCGCGAGAGAGAGAGAGAGAGAGAGAGAGAGAGAGAGAGAGCGCACCGGUCUUCCCUCACCCUGCGGCCGCGCGGCGCGGGCAUUGAAAAUACAAAACGGAGCCGAGCACGUCGCCGCGAGAGAGCCAGAGCCGAGUUGAGUUCAGUACCUUGCCGACUGCCGAGCCGUGUGCUGCGCUCCGCGGCUGCUCCGCCGCAGCUUUCUUCGAGCGCGGUUCCGUACUGAAGGCUCUGCUCUUGUUUUCCAACGAUUCUUCUGGUUAAUCCUCUGGAUGGAGUAUGCGUGAAGGAAGUGAAGUGAAUCGCCGCAUUACCGAAGUGGUACCAGCUCUGAACGUACGGACCACGAGUGUAACAAGUGUCUUCUGAAAAUCUAUAGCUCUGACUGACAUCGCGGAGAACGAUCGCGACGAUGAUGAUCCCGUCGACUUUGUCGGUGUGAACUAUAGGAAUCGCGGUAAGAUCGUGCGAGGAUGUCAUCAUCGAAGAUGUUCCUGCUCCUGCGAUUCGGCCUGGUCCUUGUCGGUCUGACCGGUAGUGCGCGCUCCUGGGGUCUCAACCACCAGGGCUCCAGCGCCAAAUGCGAGCGACUCAACGUGUCGUUCUGCCGGGGCCUCAGGUACAACCUCACUGCUAUGCCCAACUUCAUGGGCCACGAGGAUCAGCUGCAGGCCGAGCGAGAGCUGGCGAAGCUGAUGCCGCUGGUCCACUACAACUGCUCGCGGCACCUGAGGUUCUUCCUCUGCUCGGUCUUCGCUCCAGUCUGCUCGGAGCACGUGGCCAUGCAGAUACCGGCCUGCAAGCCCCUCUGCCUCUCCGUAAGGCGCGACUGCGAGAACACGCUCAAGGACCUCACCCUGCCUUGGCCUCACAUGCUGGACUGCGAUCGCUUUCCCGACAGUGGUAACACGCUGUGCGUUCAGCCGCCACCGGAAGAGAACCUCCCGGCACAGGACGUCACAUCGCUCGCGUCGCCCUCCUCGUCCUCCUCGGAAGCCCAGCCAGAUCAGGAACAGCAGCAGUCCAGUGUAGAUAAGGAGGAGGACGAAGACGAAGAGGGGGAAGACAGCGACGCCGACAAGCAGAAGGCGCAGUGGCCUCUGGUGCACCCGAUGCAACCGAGGCCACUGCCGCCCAGGGCUAAUCUCCACCAGAAGUGCCCGGCGCACUUCGUCGAGACGCCCUAUGUCGACGUUGUGAGUUUUUCACAUUAUCCCAUACGCGCGUUCAUGCUUGUGACCUCCUGCGUGCCCCGUUGCGGCGAGGACGCCUACUACCGCGCGGAGGACAAGCGGUUCGCCGAGCGCUGGAUGACCGGAUGGGCUUGGCUUUGCUUCCUCUCGACGCUCUUCACGCUGCUCACCUUCUGGGUCGAGCCGUCGCGUUUCCGUUAUCCCGAGCGGCCCAUCGUCUUCCUGGCGCUAUGUUACAACCUCCUCUCCGUGGCCUACAUCAUACGCGGCGCCGUCGGGCCCGAGAGUAUCAGCUGUGCCAGUCAGGACGACGGACCCAGCUACGUUCCGGUGAACGACGGUCUGCGAAGUGUGGCCUGCACGAUCUGGUGGCUCUGCCGCUACUACCUCGGCCUGGCGAGUAGCCUCUGGUGGACGAUCCUCUGCGGUUGCUGGCUGCUCUCGGCACGCAACGAGUGGAGCAGCGAAGCCCUGCACAACAUCGCGGCUUAUUUGCACGCCGCUGCCUGGGGUCUACCCGUCCUGCUCACCGGAGGAACGCUCAUCUCCAGGAACAUCUCGGCCGACGAACUCACAGGGCUCUGCCAGGUCUCUGACGAGUCGACCCUCUGGCUCGAGGUCUUCCCGAACGCGUCUCUCCUAUUGCUGGGCUGCUUCCUGGCAGCCGUCGCCGGUUCGGCUCUCGUCCGAGUUCGAAGAGCUGUUCGCUUGGCCGGCCGCAGCGCAACGAAACUGGAACGCUUGAUGACUCGUCUGGGAGUGUUCGCGAUCCUGUACGCGCUGCCAGCCUUUGGCAGUCUUGCCUGUGCUUUGCGAGAGGCCCACGUCAGGCCCCGAUGGAGGACCCUCGCUCUUCUCGCGGCACUCGACUGUCGCUCGUCUCAGAACUGCGUUCCUGGACCGAGCAGUUACAGAGCUGCUGCAGGACUCGAGGUCGCGUUGCUCAGGCUCUUCCUGUCACUGGUCAUCGGUGUCACCAGCGGCAUGUGGGUCUGGUCGGGGAAGACAUGCAGAGCCUGGAGUAGAAUUCUGGCGGCGCCCAGCAAACCAGCCAGACCUGCAGUUCUACAGCAGAGCGGAGUCACGCAGCAGCUGCAUCCGGCUGGGCAACCGUUCGAUGGUUAUAAAGUAGACGCUGUCAAUAUCGCGUAAUGCGCUUCUUUGUUUGUUGGAUUUUUUUCGGUUUGAGUGAAGUGUGAGAGCUGUUCUCGUGUUUGGUUAUUUAUUAUUUUGUACAUUAGCGAGUGAUGCGUUGAGCUUUGUUUUGCCGAUGAGUGAAUGCGCGCGAAUUGAGAUGUCGUGGAGGAACGAUGCUUUUCGAUGUUGAACGGUAACAAAGUUUCGCGUUACAAUUAUCAAGAGUAGUAGCGAUGUAGUGAGUACAUGUAAACGAUUACUUGAGAUAUCGUAAUGUGGACAUGUAAAAGCUUCAUUAUUGUGCUGGAUGCUUGUUAUUGUUCACAACGUUAGAAAAGAUCGUUAGGAUGACUACCCCAGUGAAAAUAUUCUAUUAUUGAUUCGUCAUUGAUCAAUAUUAAAUAGCUUGUAAGACUAGGUUAAAGAGACAAACUAAACCAGUGAAACGUAUUUAAAUAUUUGCAUUAUAGAAUUUCGAGCUUAAUCGCUGGUUUUAUAUGCGUGUAUGUAUUGAAUAGCAUUUGUAAUCCUUACAGUUUUUAUUCAUCGCUUUUAAAAAACGGUGAUCAAGUAGUAAUUGGGUUUUUAUCGACCAAAUUGCAUUUAUAUGAACAUACAAUUAUCACAAAACUGCCCAAUUUGUAUUUAUCAAUAAUAGCUUUGUUGCAGUCAAUAAGAAUGAAAAACUUUGCAAUCAAACUUUCAUAAAGCGAAGCUGUGGAUAAGAUUAUUUAUUGCAAGGAUUCAAUGAAAUUAUUUGAAAAUAGUGGCAUUCAUAAAUGUUGCAUAUAUACAUAUACAUAUGUGCUUUUUAAAAAUGUUAACGUAUAUCGUAUGGUUAUAGCGACAAGAAGCAAACUCCAAAAAUGACAAAUAUUUAGUUGUUGAAUUUUAUAAAUAUAAGCUCAUUAAAAAAAGUUAUCAUUUAUAUUUAUAUGUAUAUGAAAGACUAUUUGUACCCCAAAAGAAGUUAAAAUUUAUAUCUAAACUGUAACUACAUUUUAUUGUGUAAGAGUUAUUUGUUUACAACAAAUAAACAAAGACUGUAUAUAUCUGCUGUAAAUACUGUAUGUAAAAUCGACUUCGGACUCGAAAUAUGUUUUAAAAUAUGCAAAACCCCUUGAAAAGGAAAUUUGCGUGAAUAUAAAUAAAAGUAUAUAAGGCUUUGUACAGUUAUAAUAAUCUCCUUGCGAUUUGAAUAAAGAUUCUUUUUUACUCGUUAUAAGAGCAAUG